UUUCCACUAGAAAAGGCUGUACAGCUUCUAUCUGACACAUUCCUUCUAUAAAUACAGGCGCUGCUGGGACAUAGCUAAUCAUAAGAAGAAUGGGACAGAGAGACAUAGAUCUGAUACUAAUGGCAGCUGAGGGGCCCCUGAUCACAGCCAGACCUGGCUCUAAUGGGGGUGAGGAACCAGAACCUACUGGGGAUGAGGAGCGUUUGACUAUUGAAACCAGUAAUGAGGUUACUUCGGCCAAUGGACAUCGUAAAAAAUGUUGGGAACAAAUCAAGAACAAGCUGUACUUCAUAUGUUUAUGGAUUGUGAAGCAUUGGAGAAAAUGCCUCCUGAUUUUGGUUGGUGUUGUUGCUGUUUGUCUUACAGCUUAUUUUGUUUGGAAACUUUCAUCUAAUGCAACUGAUACAAAUGUUGUGAAUAAUUCACCUAAUGGGACAAAUAUAAAAGGUACAACGUCUCCUUCCACCACUGCUAAUUGGACCUUCUGCAAUAAAAAAGAGAUUGCUAAUUUUUUAAAAGAAAUGACUCACAACGACAGCUUACAAGAAUGCAACCGUAUUGGCGGCCGACUUCCCACUAAAGAUGAAAUUCAGAACAUGACUCAAUGCAUCAAACAUGGAGAAGAUUACCAUAUUCAACAGCAUUCCCCUAUACAAGAUGGGCAAUGUGAGUUUUACAACACGGACUCUAAAGAUCCUGUUAAUUUAGCCUGCGACACUACAAGAUUUCUUGUCUGCCUGAAGUAACUUGCAUCCUCUAGCCCGUUUUAGUCCUCACAGAAAUAUUAGAUGGCCGUUCGGGGUAUGAAAUCCAGACAGAGAAGAGGAAAUUACUUUUUACAUUUAAAGCACGAUUCACCUGCACCUUCUGGAAAUGACGGACUUAACUGAAACCAUAAUAAUCAUGUAAGAGUUCAAAUGGAAAACGAACUGGAACCAAUUAUAAAAGAUCUGGAUGACUUUAUAAUGAUGCAAAGGAAGAGACUCUUUCUCCUUGAAAAAGCCGCCAGGUUUUGGUGAAACAUACUUUGGAGAUUGUGGCACAAGGGAGGGGUUAUGUCACAGGGAGGGGUCCAUUGACCGUAGCGCAACACUUGGGACUGCAAUCUACAAAGUUGCAGAUGUGUGCCACAGCAUACUUAAUGGUCCCUGUGAAGUGUGUGUGACUACUUGUGUGCUGCUAACCUUGAGGGACAAUUAUUUAUGCCUUUUUAUUGUUUUUAAACUUAUUUAAGCCUAUUUACUACUACAAUUUUAUAGAUAAAUAUAUUUAAUUAUUUUUUAAACUGGAAGUACCUGCUAUUCUAAAUAAAAUAUUUAUAGAAGAUUUUCCUGUCAUUCAGUGGGAUUUAUUAAUAGAGAGUUACAUUACAGCUAUUGUAGCUAUACAAAGUGAGUACUGGACUAUUUAGGAUCACUAACAAGCAUUUUUAUAAUUAUGUCUGUUUACUUCUGCACAUGCACAUUCAUAUAGAUGUAUUGAUGAAUCAAUGUAUAAGUGUAUAGAAACAUUUUUCUAAUAAGCCUGGUAUCUUGUACCCUCUAUUUAAAGCUAAUGCUUGGGUAAAGGUACAUUCAAGGUUGUACAAAUACUUAGCCUUCCUUAUUCCCGUCUGUUUAUAUAAUUGUAUGUUUAUAUAAUGCUGAAUUACUGUUUUUGCGAUUCUUUGUUUUGUAUUCAGAUGCAAAUGUAAUGAUAUGGAACUUGUGUGUUUAAAUUAUAUUUUGGGGGUGUUGACCUCCUUUUAAUAAUUGACCAAUGAUAUCUCUUGAGUAGGUUUUUAAACUCUGCUGACACAUUGUGAGGUCUUGUGAAAUGUGUAAGACCAGUCAGCUUUUCAUGUCUUCUGUGCGCUCAUUUUAAUUUGACUUCCAAUAAAGGCUGUAUUUAUAUACAA